AUGGAAGAAAGCAAAGACUAUGAAGGAAGCCAAUACGAAGAAGAAGAGGUCCAAGAAGAUCCUGAUGAAUUAGGAAAAGCUUUAAUAAAAGCUUCAGCGAAUGGAGAUUAUGCAUCAGUUAUUUCACUUCUAAAAAGAAAAGCAGAUCCUAAUUAUCUAUUCUGGCUAUAAUAAUUCUUUGCUUUUAUGGUGCACAGAAAAUUAAAUUUUUUAUAUUAAAUAGAAAAAUGGUAAGCAAGCCUAAAAACGUGUUAUACUUAAUUACAAUGAAUGAAAACAGUCAUAGCGAUUAGCCAUAUAUAAAUAUAGGAUAACGAUUAUCAGUGGAUAUGCUUUAAUUCAUUAUAAUUAGAUAUAUCUCUAUGAGUAUAGAUAAAAAGCAAUGAAAUCCACUUAUGUGGGCUUCUUCACAAGGAUUCACUGAUAUCGUUUCAGUCCUUCUUGAAAGUGGUGCCACGAUUCACCAGCCCCAGCAAAGUGAAGAAGAAGAAAGUGUAGGCAGCACAAGUCCUCUCCAUUGGGCUUCAUUCAACGGCCACAUUCAAACAGUCUGACUUCUCAUGAGAAAAGGAUUUUCUCCUUUAGACUUAGAUAAAUUUGGAAAUAAUUGUAUUCAUCAAGCUGUAGCCGGAGGUCGAAGUGAUAUUCUAGAAACAUUUUUAGCUUUUGGUGUCAGUGCUGAGCACAAAAAUUUUUCCUUUUUAUAUAUCUAAAAUAUAUUUUUUUUUUAAAAAAAACAAAAUAAUUUAAAUAAGCCAAAAAUUCAAGAGGCCAUAUGCCAAUUCAUCUGACUUCAGACCCUCAUUUAAAAGAAAUGAUAAAUUCAGCAGUCAAAGCUAAAAAAUGCAAAAAAUGUUCAUCAAUUUUUGAUAUUCACAACAAUCGUUACUUAUGUCAAGUUUGCAAAAAAUAUUAUUGUGCCAACUGCAAGGUCUCUACCUGGCUUUAUUUAACAAACGAAAGCAAAGAAGAAGAGCGACCAGUCUGCCGCUGCACAGAUUGCCAUAAUCAAAUUGAGCAAAAGGAGCUUGAAUUAAACGACGCAAUAGACUCAAAUUUAUUUGACCAAGUUGACAGAGUCCAAAAAGAUAUAGAAAAUGGGAAAUAUGAUAUCGAUGUAAAGCUUCUUUACAAGGCAAAAGUAGAGCACGAAAGAUUAAGAACAGAAGGAGAAAUCCAAAAAUUUUUAGCAAGCCUAAGCUAUGUCGAAAACUACAAAACCAUCCAAAAAAGUGUAUAUUUAAUUGGACAAAUGCUAGAAGAUGCUGCUAAUAGAGGAGUUGCAGUAGAUCCAAGAAUUAUUGAUAAAGCUAAAGCUGAAAGUGACAGACUAAUGGCAGAAAGAAACUUAAGGCAUCAGACAGCUAUUACUUCUCUUGCAAAUGCUACUGAUGAAGCUGUAGCUAUUUUAGAAACUUUGAAUAAAAAAGCAAUAGAUAAUAAUGUAUCUCCAGAAUAUUGAGAAAAUGCUUCUGAUUUAAUAUUUCGCAUGAAAGAAAAUAUUCAUGCCCAUCAAAUUUUAAGGACCUUUUUAGACUAUCCGAUGAGAGAAUACCCAGAACCUGUUGUGCAGGAUCCAAGGAAAAGAGCACCUAUAAAGAAAGUUGAAGAAAAAAAAGAGCCUCCAAAAAAGAAGAAAAAAGAACCAAAAUUCAAUAUCCCUGAAUGGGCUGCACAGCUAACUGCUUUAAUUGCACAGGUAAAUGUACUUGAUGCGCUGGUGAAGCAGGCACAAAAUUUGGAACUUGGCGAUGAUUUUUUGAAUCAAGCUAAAGAAAAUAUGAUUAGAAUGAGGAAAGAAAUAAGGUUUAGACAGCAGGAAGAAGAGGAAGCAAGAAUUGCUGCUGAAAAGAGAAAAGCUGAAGCCAAGAAAAAAGGGAAAUAA